CUAUAAUCACUUUUAACCAAUUAAAGUGUUGAUAUAAGUCACUUUCUGCUGAGACAUAUCCAAGACUUUGUUCAGUUCCCUUUUGUCUGAGGCGAGCAUUCUUGUUCAACCCCUCUUUGUUCCUCAGACAUCCCCAAAGGGAAUAAAAAACACAAAAAAAACACAAGCAAUAAAGGAAGGGGAGGAAAAAAACAUGUCUUUCACUGGAACUCUAGACAAAUGCAACGCAUGCGACAAGACUGUCUAUGUGGUUGACUUGUUAACUCUUGAAGGCACUCCUUACCAUAAGAACUGCUUCAAAUGCAGUCACUGCAAGGGAUGUCUCACGAUGUCCACAUACUCCUCAAUGGAUGGAGUUCUCUACUGCAAGACACAUUUUGAACAACUCUUCAAGGAAUCUGGCAAUUUCAGCAAGAACUUCGCAAAGUCUGCUGAGAAACAAAAUGAUAUACAGAACAGAACUCCCAGCAAGCUAUCUUCCAUGUUCAGUGGAACCCUGGACAAAUGUGCAGUAUGCGCAAAAACAGUCUAUCCUCUUGAAAAGGUGACACUGGAAGGGGAAUGCUACCACAAGACUUGUUUCAGGUGUGCUCAUGGAGGGUGCCCUCUGACACAUUCAAGCUAUGCUGCCCUUGAUGGUGUCCUGUACUGCAGAGUCCACUUUCAACAACUGUUCAUGGAGAAAGGGAACUACAGCCAUGUACUCCAAGCUGCUGCACACAGGAGGACUGGUUCUUCUACACCUCCCGAGCCUCUAUUUGAGGAGCCAUCAAAUCCACCAGCAGCAUCUGAGGAAGCUAAAGUAGUGGAAGAUGAAGAUAAAAAUGAAGAACAAAGUGAAGAAAAAAGUGAAGAAAAAGAAGAAGAAAAAGAAGAAGAAGAAGAAAGCUCUUGAAGGAAUUCCAUUCCCCUCCCCCACCU